AGGAAGGCACUGAGCUCUCUUGAUUCUCCGAAUUAAUAGUAAGGAAGGAGGGUGGAGAGGACGGGAAGCUCUCAGAAAAACAGUUUACUUGAACUGAAGUGACAUUAAGGCUUCGUGGAGGUGAGAGUCAGGAAUUCAGGCAACCUGCACCGUUUUUUGCUAGCGUGCACAUCCUCUGCUUGAUCCCUAAGGGCAAAGGCCCAUAACAAAUAUGGCGGCGGCAGCCUCGGGCUCCAGCACCUGCCUAAACUGCGGUCCCAGGAGCCGCGCGGAGCCAAUCGCUGGGUAGGGGCGGAAGAAGAGGCUGGAGAAGCUACCCGCGGCCCGCGCGCAGGCGCACUGACUGUCACCUGGCUCCCGGCAGCCUUGGGAUUAGGCUUCGCGUGCCACAAUUGCGAAAUGAGAAAAAAACCAGCAGAGGAUACAUCACCAAGUUGAAUUUUGACCAACAUCCAGACUGAGACAGCGUUGGGAAGUCCCAUGACACAGCGCAUCUGGAGUCCAGGUUGGGAAAAGGUCCCAGGCAUGGCGUCCACUUCCGUGGGUGAGACUUCAAAAGUUGAGGAACAAGUAUGGCCAGACUGCCCAUGGCCAUGAGCGUGCCUUGGUGCUCCUGGGGCUGAGGCUGGGCCGGCCGCCAUGAGGCUGGGUGGGCCUUGGGCCUGGCUGCUGGGCCUGCCCACGGCUGUGGUCUAUGGCUCCCUGGCCCUCUUUGUCUCUGUCCUGCACAACGUGUUCCUGCUUUACUACGUGGACACCUUUGUCUCCGUGUACAAGAUCGACAAAGCUGCAUUCUGGGUUGGAGAGACGGUGUUUCUGCUCUGGAACAGUCUCAACGACCCCCUCUUCGGCUGGCUGAGUGACCGUCGGUUCCUCAGCUCCCAACCCCGGUCAGGCACUGGGCUCUCCUCAAGGGCUGUGGUGCUGGCACGUGUGCGGGCACUGGGCUGGCACGGGCCGCUGCUGGCUCUGUCGUUCCUGGCAUUCUGGGUGCCCUGGGCGCCUGCUGGGCUUCAGUUCUUGCUGUGCCUGUGCCUCUACGACGGCUUCCUGACGCUCGUAGACCUGCACCAUCAUGCCUUGCUGGCCGACCUGGCCCUCUCAGCCCACGACCGCACCCACCUCAACUUCUACUGCUCCCUCUUCAGUGCAGCCGGCUCCCUGUCUGUCUUUGCCUCCUACGCCUUCUGGAACAAAGAGGACUUUUCUUCCUUCCGCGCCUUCUGCCUGGCGCUGGCCACUGGCUCCGGGCUGGGUUUUGUGGGGGCCGCACGGCUGCUGAGGCGGCGGGUUGAGGCGGCCGGCAGGGAGCCGGGGUGCCCAGCCAUGGCUGUGAAUGGCGGCCUGUGUGAAGAAGAGCUGCUUGUGGGCGGCGAGGAUGUGGGUAGCAUCACCUUGGGCCAGUACCUCCAGCAGCUGGCACGCCACCGGAACUUCCUGUGGUUUGUGGGCAUGGAUCUGGUGCAGGUCUUUCACUGCCACUUCAACAGCAACUUCUUUCCCCUCUUCCUGGAGCAUCUGUUGUCAGACCACAUCUCCCUCUCCACGGGCUCCUUCCUAUUGGGCAUCUCCUACGUCGCUCCCCACCUCAACAACCUCUACUUCCUGCCCCUGUGCCGGCGCUGGGGUGUCUACGCCGUGGUGCGGGGGCUCUUCCUGCUCAAGCUGGGCCUGAGCCUGCUUAUGCUGUUGGCCGGCCCCGACCACCCCGGCCUGCUCUGCCUCUUCAUUGCCAGCAACCGUGUCUUCACUGAGGGCACCUGUAAGCUGUUGACCUUGGUGGUCACGGACCUGGUGGACGAGGACCUGGUGCUCAAUCACCGCAAGCAGGCAGCCUCGGCGCUUCUCUUUGGCAUGGUGGCCCUGGUGACCAAGCCAGGCCAGACCUUUGCUCCGCUGCUGGGCACCUGGCUGCUCUGCUUCUACACAGGUCAUGAUCUCUUCCAGCAGCCCCCCCUGGCCCCUGUGGGGAGUGCUCAGCCCUGGCCAGAGCCCCCGGCUCCACCCCCGGCACAGGCCCCCACACUCCGCCAGGGCUGCUUCUACCUGCUGGUGCUGGUGCCCAUCACCUGUGCUCUGCUGCAGCUCUUCACCUGGUCCCAGUUCACGCUGCAUGGGAGACGCCUGCACAUGGUCAAAGCCCAGCGCCAGAACCUGUCACGGGCCCAAACCCUGGACGUUAAGGUGGUGUGAGGGGAGUGCAAAGCCACCCUGUUGAGGACACUACCUGUAGCCCUGGGGGGGCCAGCCCUGUGUCCUGCUCUUCCGCCUCCCUGGGGUCCUGCCUGGAGGACAGAUGGCAGAGUGGGAGCACUUGGGGCUGAGCUGGAGUGUCACUGGGGUCUAAGUUUCUGCAUGGCUGUCUGGCCCAGCUUGGGCAAAGGCUGGGCCAUGUGUGCGCUCAGGGACCUGCUUCCUCCUCUAGGGCAGAAGGAAGAAGAGGACUGAGAAGGGUGGGGCCUGCCCUGUGGUCACAUGGGAUUGCUAUGGGUAUGGAGGCCAUUCCUCCUACCUGGCCAGGGCUAGCGCCCUGUGUGGGCUCCGGAACCACUUUUGCCUGGUCAGGACUGGGAGUCCUACAGUGGUUUCUCUCAGAAUUCUCUGCUUCAGCCACACCUGGAGUAGCACACUCCAGCUGCUGCAGGGCACCCCGGAACCCCAAAUGACCUCUCAAUGAGGCUCAUCUCAUCACAGACUGAUUAAAGCCAGUCAUUUCUAUUUCCA